ACGGAAACACAUGGUCACUAGUUUUAGAAAUGUGUUAAUUUGAACCUAACUAGAUAUUUGCAGUUUUGUUUUGUUAUAAUCACCAAACAGAAGCACCGGCGUUGAAACGUGUUGUUUAGUUAUCACUGUAACUUCCUGUUUGUUUGCUAACGCGUAACAGGCUAGUGCAAUUCAUUUCCACCAUGGUUCGAGCAAAAAGGGGUAAACAGCCACAGAGACCUAAAAAGACAGAGCGAUAUGAUGAAGAUGAUCCUGAAGCUUACAAGAACAUGCCUGUCCCUGAUAAGAAAUCGUCACAGUACACAAAGGACAAAAUCGAUGAGUUUCACGACGAGAAGAUUGCAAAACUUCUCGCCCGUGGCGUUCAAAUGGAGAGUGAUUCGGAGGAAGUGGACGAUGAGGAGGAGGUGAUGGCCCUGGACGAUUCUGAGUCGGAGGAGGAAGGGGAGGAGGAAGAGGGUUCAGACAUGGAGAGUGAUCUAGAGGGGAAAAAAGAUGAAGAUCUUCCUAAUGAAAUGGCAUGGGGCAAGAAGAAGAAGAUGUUCUACGACUCUGAUUAUGUGACCACCAAAGGGAAAUCGCAUGAAGAGUUGGAAGCUGAGGAACAAGAGGAAGAAGAAGAGGCUAAAAAUAUCCAAAAACGUUUGGCUGCAAAUCUGAGCGAGGAAGAUUAUGAUUUAAAUUUUUUUCAGGAAUUUGCUGUUGAGGAGAAGGCUGAAAAGAAAACUAUAGAAAAAGAUGAAAGGAUUGUGAAAGACCUGAAGCAGAUGUCUCAGAAGGAAAAAAUGAAACUUCUGAAGAAAGAAUCACCAGAGCUGCUUGAACUUAUUCAGGACUUCAAAGCAAAGCUUUCUGAACUGAAGGAUGAGCUGCAGCCCCUCAUGCAGAUGGUCAAGGAUGGAAAGAUCCCACCAGGAAAGGGUGCUGACUACCUCAAGACAAAACAGCAACUUUACCUCAAUUACUGCACAAACAUCAGUUUCUACUUGGUGCUUAAAGCGAAACGAAUCCCGGCUCAUAACCACCCCGUGAUUGAAAGACUACUCACCUACAGAAAUCUCAUCAAUGAACUGGAAGCAGUGGAUGCUCGGCUUGCACCAGAGUUUCGUGAGCUGCUGGCUGGUGAGGAAAAAGAUACGACCACCGGCAGGCCAGCAGAGAGCAAGAAGACCAGGGUCUCCAGUAAGAAGGAAAAGGAUUCUGGAGAAAGUAUGCCUGAGGUCGAGGAGGACUCAGACUCUGACCUGGACGAGGAAGCGGCCCUGCGUUUCUAUAACGAUGUGGAGGAGCGGUUGAAAUUGAAGCGAAAGGGCAAUGAUCCAGAAGCUGCAGAGAUGGCGUUGCAUGACGAUGAGGCGGAAGAGCUGGAUCCAGAUGCAAAGAGAAGAAUCACUUACCAGAUGGCCAAGAACAAGGGGCUCACACCAAAGAGGAAGAAAAUUGACCGUAAUCCCAGAGUCAAGAACAAAGAGAAGUUCAGACGGGCCAAAAUCCGCAGAAAGGGACAGGUCCGUGAGGUUCGUCGGGAGGAGACGAGAUACAGCGGGGAGCUGUCCGGUAUUCGCGCCGGUGUCAAGAAGAGCAUCAAACUUAAGUAACCAAGAGAGAAUCCAAAUAAUGCUGCGUGUUGCCAUGGGAUUGAAAAAAUACCAAUGGACUAUACUAGUAAAUGUUUAUUAUAGGUGAUUUAUUGUAGUAAAUCAUACCACUGAAUUAUUCAGCUGUCAAUCUCUGUUGUAGAAAAGACAUCAAAAUGUCCUGGAUUAUUGUGCAGUGUGAAUAAACAUUUUAUAAACUUUCAA